UACAUGGCGAUCCUGCAAUUGGGGAUGGAGUGACUCGUCAUGUUUUUGCAACAGUUAUGUCAAAGCUUCAGCAUGGUUUUGAACUACAGCUUGUGCCCGGAGGGACUCUUCUUUUUGAGGGUGAGAAGGAUCAUAUGAUUCCCUCAACAUCACAGUGUUUUCUGGACAGUGACUUAUUUGUGGUGGCGGGCCGUAUGAUUGGGCACUCAUUCCUGCAUGGAGGUCCAUGCCUAACUGGUUUAAGCCCAGCAAUAGUGCAUGUGCUUUUUGGUGGAUCUCCUGAAACUGCCACAAUUGAUAUUCUGGAUUGUGCGGAUGUUGAUAUCCGUCAAAUAAUAAAGAAGCUGGAAGGCACAGGUGACUUGUCUACGGAAGAAAAGAGUGCUAUUACAGACCUUGCAUUGUCUUGGGAUUUGCCUGCAGUGACAUCAGAGAAUAGAAGAUGGUUGCAUGACAAACUACUCAUGCAGGCAGUCCUUGAAAGAACCUCCAAGCAACUAAAACAGCUACGCCUUGGUAUGAAGGAGAUGUUGAUCUGGCCUUUGCUUACUGAAAGGAAGGACACAAUUCCUCUUCUUUUUCCUAGGACUAGUGAUGCACUUUACACCCCAAAGAUGCUCUUGGAGAGGAUAUGUUGGCCAGAUGAAGAUGAAAAUGAAGACAGCGAGGUCUCUCUUGAAGACACGUGUAGGCUCACAGGAUUACUUCGCACAUUCAUUGAGAAUUCUUCUUCUAAUAUACUACGGUCGCUGACCGAGUUCUGGACUGGAUGGGAUGUACUGCCCAGGAGCCUAGUUGUUGAGGUGGUGGAUGGAAAUCUACCAAAGUCUUCCACAUGCUAUCAAACUCUGAAGCUUCCUAGUCAUUACAGGGACUAUGCUGCCUUUGAAAGAGAUUUUCUAGCUGCUAUUUGCAGCAGAGAUUACGGAUUUGGACUGGUCUAA